CACACACAUACAAUUUGGCUUUAUUUGUGCUUUCCUUGUCUUUUGAUUAACACACACACACACACAAAUUAAAAAUAAAUUAAAAUAGUUUAGUCCCUCUCACUUGUCUCUCCUAUAGGUAGAAGAAACAACAAAAAAUAGUAUCGUCACUACUUCACUAGUAUUAUUAUUAGUAGUACAUACUCUUUUUUUUUUUCUAACUUCUUUUUUUAGUUAGAUAUAUAAAUUUGUGUGUGCAUAACAACAACAUUUUGAGUUAUUGUGUGUUACUCUUUGUGUGUGAAGGAAUUAGAGCUGAAAGUACUGAGGAAAAUUGUUUGUGUUUUUUUUUUUUAAAAUUAAAUGUGAAGUGAAGCAACUAAGAAAAUAACAUUAAAACGGAGUUUGUGCUUAAUGGGCUCAGAGCAGAAUAGAUUUCCACAACAACAAGGACCACCACUUCCUUCUCGGCGUAAACGAUGGGGAGGAUGUUUGGGAGGAUUGUCUUGUUUUGGAAGACAAAAAGGAGGAAAGCGUAUAGUGCCGUCUCGUAUUCCUGAGGCCAAUUCACUGCCAAAUCAGCAAAAUAUACCCCAAGCUGGUGGGUUGAAUAAUCAAACUGCAGCUCUUUUAGCUCCACCAUCAUCACCGGCAUCCUUUUCGAAUUCAGCGCUCCCUUCAACAGCUCAAUCACCAAGCUGUUUUUUAUCUAGCAAUUCACCAGGAGGACCUUCAUCUGCUAUGUAUGCCACUGGUCCAUAUGCUCAUGAGACACAGUUGGUAUCUCCUCCUGUUUUCUCAAACUUUACCACUGAGCCAUCUACUGCUCCUUUCACACCUCCGCCUGAGUUGGCCCACCUGACUACUCCCUCUUCACCAGAUGUGCCUUUCGCUCGGUUCCUCUCCUCUUCAGUGAAUGUUAAAACCAACACUGGUGCCAAUGAUCUUCAAACAACCUACUCUCUUUAUCCAGGAAGUCCUCAUAGUACUCUCAGAUCCCCUGUUUCAAUGGCAUCAGGUGAAAGGGAACUUCCUCAAUUGGAUCCUUCUAUUCCUUCAUCCGAGAUCAAGUAUCCAGGCCCUGAUUCAAGCACCUCCAAGUUGCCUCAAGAUUCAAAUUUCUUCUGUCCAGCUACAUUUGCCCAGUUUUACAUUGACCACUCUUUAUUUCCUCAUUCUGGUGGAAGGCUGAGUGUUUCAAAAGAAUCCGAUGCUUCUUCAAAUAAUAAUGGGAAUGGCCAGCAGAGUAGGCAGAACAAACCCUGUAAACAAGACGCAGAGGAAGUUGAAGCUUAUAGAGCAUCCUUUGGGUUCAGUGCUGAUGAGAUUGUUAGUACUACGCAAUAUGUGGAGAUUUCUGAUGCUGUAUUAGAUGAAAACUUUAGCAUGACCCCUUUUACUAAGCCCAGAGAAGAGGAAAUUAUAUUAACCAUGUCAGCAGCUGAGGGAACAAAAGGAAGGAAUAUCUAUAAUAUGGCAUCUCCUCAGCAGUGCAAAUCAGGGAUAAAUCAUUUUGAAGGAGCAGAUAAUUGCAUGAAAGAUCAUAUGUCUCCAAAGCAAAUUGAACCUGCUAACCAUGCUAUGAGUGAUGAUGAAGGCAUCUUCUCCAAAAUGCCAACUUUAAGAUUAAGUCGGAAAUAUGAUCAUGGUUUGUCAAUCUCCGAUGCAGAGAUAGAUUACAGGAGAGGAAGAAGCUUGAGAGAAGCAAAAGGCAAUAUUGCAUGGUGAUCUAACCUCACUCGCGAAAACCCCCUGCUGGUCCUCGUUUAUUCUGCUGUUUUAUUGAAGAAUGUAUCGUCUGUAUAUUUUAAGGUCCUCUUGAGUUAUGUAUGUCAAAAGUCGUAGUUAUAUACUUUCAGCCAUUAACGUUGUUAGGAGUGAAGGAAUCCUGGAACUUUUUGUACUGUGGCUUGUGUAUGCUUGUUUCAGAAUGUCUUAGGCUUGAAAGUCUUUGGAAAUGUAUCUUAUUGAAUAUACAUUUCAACAAGGUAUAUUGCUUUAAUGACAAUGCUUUUGAUGAUUUGGCUCAUA